AUGUCCGGCCCGGGAGGGGGUAGCGCUCCCCUCAGCCCUACUCGCCCACCUCCCUGCCUCCCUCUAGGCUUGCCCCGACCACCCCCAGCUUCACGCCCCAAGAACCCCUCCUUACAACAUCAGGGUGUGCUCUUCCUACUCAAUCCUCACACGAUCCCCCACACCCAUCCCUCCACUCUACACCUCUUCUGCUGUACCUCACUCACUCAUUCACUCACCCCAACUCGACCAACACUCACCCUCUAUCUCGUCCCUCUCGGCCCACACUCACCCCCCAACUCGUCCCUCUCGGCCCAUACUCACCCCUCAACUCAUCCCUCUCGGUCCACACUCACCCCUCAACUCGUCCCUCUCGGCCCAUACUCACCCCUCAACUCGUCUCUCUCGUCCCAUACUCACCUCUCAACUCGUCCCUCUUGGCUCACACUCACCCCUCAACUCGUCUCACUCGGCCCACACUCACCCCUCGACUCGUCUCACUCGGCCCACACUCACCCCUCGACUAGUUCCUCUCGGGCCACACUCACCCCUCAACUCGUCCCUCUCGGCCCAUACUCACCCCUCAACUCGUCUCUCUUGGCCCAUACUCACCUCUCAACUCGUCCCUCUUGGCUCACACUCACCCCUCAACUCGUCUCACUCGGCCUAUACUCACUCUUCAACUCGGCCCACACACUCCUCAACUCGUCUUUCUUGGCCCAAACUCACCCCUCAACUCGUCUCACUCGGCCCACACUCACCCCUCAACUCGUCUCACUCGGCCUAUACUCACUCUUCAACUCGUCUCACUCGGCCCACACUCACCCCUCAACUCGUCUCUCUUGGCUCACACUCACUCCUCAACUCGUCUCACUCGGCCCACACUCACCCCUCGACUCGUCUCACUCGGCCCACACUCACCCCUCGACUAGUUCCUCUCGGGCCACACUCACCCCUCAACUCGUCCCUCUCGGCCCAUUCUCACCCCUCAACUCGUCUCUCUUGGCCCACACUCACCCCUCAACUCGCCUCACUCGGCCCACACUCACCCUUCUAUGUUGUCCCAGGUGGGUGAGUUGGAAGCAAAGGCAGCCACCAUGA